ACACUAAAAAGAGGCUUAUCCAUUCACAUAGCUUGGCAUCAUUCUGACAGCACAAAGGAACGGCACUGGUUUCUUCUUUCCCCUGACUUUCAGAAGAUGCAGAUUCUCCUGGUGGUGCUGUAUCUCUCCUCCACCAUUUCUGGGAGGCCCUGGUCUCAGAGAAAGUUACCCUGUGAUAUACACUCCGUCAAUAACUCACUGGCAUUUGACUGCUCGGACAAGAAGCUACAUAUGGUACCCAAUGAUAUCAGCUGGAAUGCUACAGAGCUCUAUCUUUCCCACAACAAAAUCAGGAACAUCACCAACUCAUUGUUCUCCAAAUUCCAAAACCUGACUUUGCUAGACCUUGGUUAUAAUAAACUUGGUAAUCUGAAUAAUUACCAAAUAUUCUCCAUUCUAGGUAAGCUAGAACGUCUGUUUCUCGAUGGGAACAAUCUUCAUAAAGUGCCAAUGCCACUUCCAUCCGGACUACAAAUUCUGUGUCUGGGGCACAACAACAUAAGGAGCCUAAAACCGAACGACUUCACGAAUAUACCACAUAUAAAAGUCAUCAAUUUAAAACACAACUGCUAUUAUGAUGGUGCCUAUGUAAGUGCCAGUUGUGUUUCUCUGGACAUAGAAAAACACACUUUCUCCCAACUUACAGAACUGACAAACCUGACCUUGUCAUUUAACAGACUGCAAGCCAUCCCUCCUUUCCUCCCCCAAUCCCUCAAGUACCUCAAUCUUGAACGCAACAUGAUCACGAACAUUACCCAAUAUGACCUGAGUACACUCAUUAAUCUGACAACUCUAGAUCUUUCAGGUAACUGUCCUAUAUGCUCUACUGCCCCAUUUCCCUGCUUGCCUUGUAAUACACAUAACAGAGCACUACAGAUUGACCAAGAUGCCUUCAGGAAGCUCUCCAACCUGAAAGAGCUGAGUUUAUCCGGAAACUCUCUUGAGCACCUACAGACCUCCUGGUUUGAGAACCUCACCAGUUUACAAUAUCUAUACCUCUCAUUCAACCGUCUGGUCGAUGACAUAGCAACUGGAGACUUCCUCGCUUUUUUACCUAGCGUUGAGGUAAUGGAUUUGUCUUUCAAUUAUGCUGAAAGGUCUUCAUAUUCUGUCAACUUGAAUCUUUCCAAAAACUUUUCCAAACUGACGUCUCUCAAGACAUUACACCUAGAAAACUAUGUUCUUUCAACUCUUAAACAAAAUGAUUUGAACCCACUUUACAUUUUAGUUAACCUGUCUGUGAUCAAUUUGGGAACUAACUUCAUUUAUCAGACAAACCUCACAUUGUUUAAAAAGUUUCACAACUUGUCCAGUAUUGGCCUUUCAGAGAACAAACUGAUCUUCCUGUCUAAGAAAGCAGAUGCUUUCUCAGUAUGUGGGUGUGAGUGUGGCUAUGAGCUGAAGAGAGACCGGCUUGGGCCCUAUAUACAUGUAGAUAAACAUUACCGUCACAAUCUACCUAACAUUAAGCCAGAGUGUCUUGCGUAUGGUCCAGUGCUCGACCUGAGCAAAAACAACAUUUUCCAUAUCAACCCUGAUGUGUUACAGGGCCUGAACAACACAGCUUGCCUCAACCUUUCCUCUAAUUCCAUUGCAGACAUGUUCAACGGUACUGAGUUUGGAGGUUUUCCCAACCUUAAGUACUUGGAUCUAUCCCAGAAUAAGAUAUACCUGCGCUCUGAGUAUGCAUUCCGUGAACUACAAAAACUAGAGGUUUUAGAUCUGAGUCAAAAUAAGCAUUAUUUUGUAGUGGCAGGACUGAACCACAGUUUAGCAUUCCUGAAUAACCUGAAUUCUUUGAAGGUUCUGAACUUGAGCUGGAAUGAGAUCAAUAGCCUUUGUCAUGAAAACUUGUCAAGCAGCUCCCUGCAAGAGUUGAUCUUCCAGGGUAACCGACUGGACAUUAUAUGGACAAUUUACAACGAACUUCAUGCACUUUUCAAAAGGUUUGAAAACCUACAUUUCCUGGAUUUGUCAUACAACAAGCUUUCCUACAUCCCUUCUGAUGCCUACAAACAAUUUCCUGUGAUGCUGAGGCGUCUGUCUCUGAGUAAAAAUGGACUGACGGUCUUUGACUUUAACCUGCUCUCAGAACUACGUCACCUAGAAGUGCUGGACCUGAGUAAGAACAAACUGGACUGGGUGGCCAGUAACUUCUCUGCUUUAACCAUCUCACUAAAGAUUCUGGAUCUAAGCCAUAACAGGAUUUCACAGCUAACUCCAGGGUUCCUCAGGGGCACCAAAAGCUUGAAGGAAUUAGACCUUAGUUUUAACCUGCUAGAGCUCAUCAACCAGAGCUUGUUUGAGUCAGGAGCAGAGAACUACCUCCACAAGCUGUCCUUACAGGGGAAUCCACUGCACUGCACAUGUGACUUGAUGGACUUCCAUCUGUGGAUCAGGAACAACGAGGUGGAGAUCCCUCUAUUGGCCACUGCAGUAACAUGCGACAUGCCCUCAGGGAGAAGGGGCAAGUCUGUAUUGAGUUAUGACAUAGAAGAAUGCAUGAAUGACAAAAAUGCUAUGGCCUUUUCUGCCAUCAUGUCGUUUCUUGUUAUUCUUAUUCUGUUGGUAUCUCUCAUUGCACAUCUUUUCUACUGGGACUUGUCCUAUAUUUUGGACUACUGUAGAGCCAAGCUUAAGUACUACCGUCGCUUACUGCCGACAAACUGUGCGUACGAUGCCUUCAUCAUGUAUGACACUGCAGACCCACUGGCCUCAGACUGGGUGUUAAAUCACCUAAGGGUGGAGCUUGAGGAGCGAGGAGAGAUUUUUCGUCCACUCUGCCUAGAAGAACGUGAUUGGAUGCCAGGAACAACUAUCAUGGACAACCUGUCCAACAGUGUGCGGAAGAGCAGGAAAACAGUUUUUGUGCUGACGGAGGGUUUCUUUUCACGUGGCGUGGUCCAAAUGGCUUCCCUGCUGGUGCAGCAGCGGCUGGUGGAGGAGGGCGUGGAUUCCAUGGUGCUGUUGCUGCUCCAGCCACAGGUCCUGCGACGGUCACGCAUCCUCAGCCUGCGCAAACGCCUCUGCAGGCGUAGUGUUCUGGAGUGGCCCGUCAAUGCCAGUCCAGCUGCCCAGCGCUGGUUCUGGCACCAGCUGAAGAGAGCUAUUCGGAAAGAUCAGACUGCCACGCACACAUCACUGCACAGAACAUACUUCACGGAUGGUGAACCCAGGGACAGGGAAUGACCUUAGUCCGAGGCUGGAAUUCAUGGACAGGAAGUGACCUGACGACAGCUAUAAUUCAUUAGUUGUAUAAAAUGCAGUGUAGAAUCCACAAUGUAAUUUCAGAAGUGUGAAUUGGGGCACAAUUCAACAGUAGCUUUUAGUUGCAUGGCAGGUGUUUUUGACACACGGGUGUAGCUUUGCAACAACCAUACAUGAAGCUGAUCACCGAUUUCACAGAUCUGAUGUAAUUAUACCUCAGACACCCUAGCUGUGUAGGCGAAAACCCUAGCUGUGUAGGCACUGGUUACAAUUAUUUAGUCGUAAGUAAAAUAACAUAAAUCAUUCAUGAUCAGCUAGACAGGAGUAAACAUUGUAAGCAGCAUACCCAUUCACUUCAUUUUGAUAGGCCUAUUGCAUUCUGCAGUCAUGCAUAAGGAAGUACUCAAAAGCAAGUAGUUGAAUCCCCCCUAGCAGUUUUUCACAAUUCCUAAGACACAUUUCUUGAAACCUUCACCUAUUUUCUCAAAACUUUAAACACAGAUUCAGAUCUUCAAAGUUCAUUCACAAAACCCCUCACUCUUCUUUCAAAAUCAAACACUCGCCUCAAAACCAUAUAAUCUGCGCUCAUAAUCAAACAAUGAUUUUAGAUCAUACACACAGCCAGUCAAUAUCAACAUAAUACAGAGCAUUCAUUAGACACUCAAUAAAACAAGAAACCAGGAAAGCCUAGUUCAGCCGGCCUGCAAUAAAAAGCAUUUAUUGUUGUUGCCCUCCCGAGACAAGAACCCAGAUAACCCAUAUUAAACUGGUGUCUUUAACCACUACACCACCAAGCUACAUGUCUGCUGAGUGUCGGUAUAGCUUAUUGACAUUACAUAAUUCUGUCACGCAUUAACAUUACAGCAAGUUUUAAUAUUUCUUUAGAUAACAUUUCUUAUUAAGUUUUC